AUGUGUACGUGUGUUAGCUGGGAAAGAGGAUGAGGGAUUUCCCAUAUAUUCAAUUCCCUGAGCCCAUCCACCCAUCGUGGUACCCAGGACACGGAUGAUGCGUGAAGGAAUGUCGCAUCUGAACGAUGUGUCCGUCGCGCGCACAACAGAUGGAGCCUCGAGUUGAGUGUAGGGUUAAUACCGCCUGGAGGGGGCGUGGUUUAAAUAAAUGAUAACCGCCUCACUGUAGUCAACUGUAAAAAAAAAGACAACAAAAAUUGCUAAGAGAUCCGAGAGCGAGUAUCUCUGCUGUCCACGCGUCUCCGUGAGGUAAGAGACGUGAACAGCAGCUCUCCCCACUUCCACCGGAGGAAAUUACUGUGCGACGGCUGAUCUGAAGGAGGUGCGACCCGUUUGAACGUCCCUCCGCCUCGCCUCCACUGCUGAUCCAGGGCAGGUUUCAGUGCUGGAGACGAAGAAACAACAGUUGAGUGUAGUCGGUGGAGAAGAGGUGAACGGAUGGGACGAAGCCGCUGGAAUCGUCGGUGAAGUGAAGUCAUCUCGGGGAGCACAGCCCGGCUGGUUCAUCUGGAUUGCGACUGCCUUACGUAACUGCGCUUUGUGGAGGGACUGGCAGGGAAACUGCUGGUGCUGUUUAGUCACAGCGAGCGAACGCAGGUGAAGAAAGAGGAGUACAAUUAUAACUUUGUCCACCUCCUCAGCAUGAUCGGUGAAGACAUUGUCUUUCAUCACCAGUGAAUUCGUCGAGAUGAACGAAGGCCACCGGCAAGGAGGAGGGGCUGUCACUGUGGAAGCUGAUGUAAUCUUCCACGCUGUGAACUCUGACCUUGUCACACCUUCUGACAAUGAGAGGAGUUUAUGUCCAGGUUAUGUUCAAGGAUUCCUGCAGGAGGAGCAGGAUUUCAGGCCCCCUCCAGUGUUUGAGAAGGAGUACCUGUUGGAUGGAAAACUGAUGGAGAAUAACCAUGUUGAUCAUCAGAAGGGUAACGGCUCAUACAUCCCAAGAGCUGAUAAGUUUCAGCUCUCCAAUGAAAAGGAAACUCCGGUUCUUCCUCCUCACACCGGCUCCACUGUCUCCAAUCACAUUGCUGGCAUGCAACAAAAUUGUGCAAGCAGUGAAAUCCACAAUGGCGCCAGGGCUAAAAUGUCUUACAGUGUAGAGUCCCCCGUAUGCUUGCCUAGCCAAGCCAAACAGGAAACUGAUUGGUCAGUUCUAAAAUCGAAUCUUGACUGCAGGGACAGCAGCCAGGAAGCUGAAAAUACACAGUCAAAAAAAGAGCCUGAUUUAGUCAUCGAAGUCGGCGGGCAGACAAUCAGUGCUCACAAGUCUGUCCUGGCAGAGAAGAGUGACUACUUCAAAGCACGUCUGUCCCGAAACAUCCUCAAAGUGAAGGGCGUGAGUUACAAGACUUUGUCUACGUUGAUAGACUAUGUUUACACAUCUCAAAUGAAUGUUUGCAAGGACAAUGUUGUAGAUGUCAUCACCGGGGCUAAAAUCCUCCAGAUCCCCUGUGCCGUCCAGGCAGCCAUGGAUUCCAUGUCUGCACAAAUCACUGCAGAGAACUGCUAUGAGAUUCUGACUAUCGCCAAAAAGCAGCGACUGAGUGAACUGAAAGAGACUGCCUAUGGAUUCAUGAGCGACAACUUCCUCCAGAUUCUCAAAGACCCCGCUGUGUAUGGGCGUCUGACUGGGUCUGAGCGGGAUCUGAUCCUGAAGAAGAGAAUGGAUGGGCGGAAGACUCUGAUGGUGGCAGAGAUAAAUGAUGUAUUUGAUCGCGUUGGAAGCCGACCGCCCAGUCGCUGUGGCAGCCGACCACAGAGCCCAUUGUCGGUUGGGUCUUUGGAGGAGAAUCACAUGAUUUACUACUUUAACGAAACAGCAAAUGACUGGAGACCUUUAACUGGGAUGCCCGAGGACAUAAACACUAAAGGUUGUGGGAUCUGCACCAUGUAUAACUAUAUGUUUGUGGCAGGGGGCAUAAAGGGCUUCGGGGACAAAGGCAAGGUUUCAGAUAAGGUCUUCUGUUACAACCCCAUAACUAACCGCUGGGCUGAGGUCAGAUCUCUGAACCAAGCUCGUGCCCAGCUAAAGCUUGUGUCUAUGGAUGGGUACUUGUAUGCCAUUGGAGGAGAAUGUUUGUUUACAGUGGAAAAAUAUGAUCCUCGCAUGGAUCGCUGGACUACGGUGGCCCCCUUGCCCAAGGGAGCCUUCGCAGUGGCCCAUGAAGCCACAACCUGCAGUGGAGAACUUUACGUUUCAGGAGGCUCUCUCUUCUACCGCCUUCUAAAGUACGACCCCAAGAGGGACGAGUGGCAGGAGUGCCCCUACAAUAACAGCAGGAAGAAGUCCACCGACAUGGUGGCUUUGAAAAGCUUCAUUUACCGCUUUGACGUCAACCGCGAGCAGGGAAUCACCGUGUUCAAGUACAACACCAUAGUGAAAAUGUGGCAUGAUUGUGCAUCACAGAGACUUGGAAGUCAUUUACCGUUCAGGUGUGCCGUUAUCGGGAAUUGCAUCUACUGUGUGAACAAAAGCAAGACUCUUCAGUUUGUAGUGGAGGAGGAGAACGCCUACUUUGUCGAGGAGCCACUGAGGGCACCUCUGGAAGCAAAAGGUGUUCUUUUUCCUUUUGUUCUCACUUUGCCUGAAAAGCCUGAAAAAGUUACAUAGUGUGUGUGGUAACACAAUAAAUGUGUCAUAGCAAAACUGGAAUAAGCAAAAGAACUUAUAUACACUCUUCAAUGUCAGCUUUCUAUCCCAGUGGAAUGUGCGUAUUUGCAUGGCAAUUUAAUGUGUCUGCAGGGUUAAGCCUUAAAAGGAAAACUUUUUUUAGUGUUGAACGAAUGCAUCCGACCGUAGAUAAUGACAUGAUGACAGUGACUGUAGUUUAUUUGUGUGUUUCCUGUUCCUGUUUGUUUUGGUGCACUUUUGUAGUUAGAAUAGAUAAUAUUUAGAACAUAUUAACUAGCUCAAUGGUGACUCUGGAAGCAAGUGUUCCAUGGAAAACUGUAUGGAAGAAGUUGUAGUGCGCUUUAUGUAUGAUGCAACACAGGUUCUAUGCAAAUGAGAAAUUAUACAGGUGGUUCUGCUGUAAUGCUGUGCUAUAGAUUAAAUAAUCUGUUUUAGGGGGAAUACUCUUUGAACUAGUGCUGCAACUCAUGAUUAUUUUUGUUAUUUUUGUGAUUAAUUGAUGGCUGUGGUCAACAAAACAUCAGAUAAUAUGGUGAAAAAUUGUUCUAAUUAUUCACAUCCCCGGGAGAUGUGUUCAGUGGUCUUGUUAAAUACAACCACCAGCCCAUAACCCAAAGAAACUUAAUUUAGUUGUUUACAUUUCAAAGGAAAGCCUCAAAUCCUCACAUUUGAAAAACUGGAAAAAGCAAACGGUGUCAUUAAAGCCGUUAAUCAAUUAUCAGAUUAAUUGACUAAUGGUUGCAGCUCUACCUCGAACCACGAUUAGAACUGCUUUUUAAUUAAACCUGUAAAUCGAGGUCAGAUUAUAGUCAGUAAAAACAAACAACUGUAUACUCCGUUUGCAAAGCACUUAAACAGCAUGUAUACCCGUAAAUUCAAGGGGCCUUUUCAGUCACUUUUCAACUCAGUAUCUCUAAGAAGCUAAAAUCAAUCUUGCAGAAGGCUUUAGAUUUUUAAAACAAAAUGUAAAACUGGAACGAGUUAUGUUCAAAAGCACAUCGCUAACAUUUUUUAGACCCAGAAUACACUGUUAUGCUCCAAGUGUGUUCUCACAGGUGUUACAGUUCAUUUAACAUGUUUGCCAAAGACAAAUAACAUCUCAACAAACAGACGAAGGUUUUCAUAAGUUCUUUAUAAAAUGUGUUCCUCUGACCUUCCCACAGGCGAAAAGCAAUAGUUUUUAUUGCUGCUAACAGGCACUUUCUAGGAGGGUGAGCCAUUCACAACAGACAAAGAUGCAUCUCUUUUCUUUUGUUCCUUUUAUGUGUUAAGGAAACAGCAACAGGCUCCACAUUCAACUGCUGCCAACUGCUGUUUUUUUUCACAGAUUUGGGCCAACCUGUCAUUUAGGUCAGAGGUUAAAUCAUUAGUCAGCACUACGGUGCUGCAGCGUGGCCGGACCGUGGCCCUCACAGCAUCCACAAAUGAGGUGUCCUGCUGUCAUGGCUCUAACAAACGAUGUUCCUCUUGCAUCAGUGCACAUUAAUUGCCAGUUCUGCUCUAAAUUUCCUUUUUUUUUUUUUAGAUAUUUCACAGUAUUUGUUUGCUGCUGCAAUUACAGUGAGAGUUUUGUAUGGAAGCUAAUGCUGAUAUAUUCUUGGAACAAAUGCUUUUGAUAAUGUUUGUAGAAAUGUCUCCAAGAGGUCAAUAUGGCUGUUACAAAAUGGAAGGGGUUCAAGUAUUUCACUGUGUUUUUGUGAAUUUUUGUAUGGAUUUGGUAGUUUUGGAACUGCUGCUGUGAUGGACAGUAAAGUAAUGCAAUGCUGACUUCCUGUUCAAGGUAUAUGGAGUGGGCUAACAAAUUAAGUGUUUGAUAAUGUAUAUCAGUCAGAGCUAAGUGCUUCAAAUAAAAUAUUUUGUGUCUGAAAAUGAUCUGGUUUCUGUAUAUGUUUUUUGCACAGUGGGGAAGUGCUGCGGUGUCUGGGCUCAUCUGCCAUAGCUGGAACAGAGCUGCCAUCUAGUGGAUUAUGAGUGUGACAGUAUCCAGUAAUGCUAAUAACACAAGCAUGAGAUCACAACUAAUGUGACUUUUAAGAACUCAGUUCACUGUAUUUCCUUUGCCAAUAAAUGCACAGUAAUUGUUGUGAUAUCCACAAGCUCAUUUCAAGGGAACUUCUGUGGCAAUAGACUGUGAGUUCAGGCCAAUAUGAGCCUCCAGCUUUUGCUAAUGUUCGCGAUGAGUGUAUUCAGCUCUUAAAAGCAAAUCACCUGCAUCAUCAUUUGAUCGAGAAUCUUUCCUAAUAAGCACGACAUUAUUUCAAAAUUAUGACAGGUAGCCUAACUGCGUGUGAAUGCUUUGACUAAAAGAAAUGCAUGCUUU